AUGGGAAGAGCGCAGCUAGAAGCCCGUUUUGUUCAAAGAACCAACUUCGGGCAGGCCACCCUCGCGGCGGGAAGGGCUCCAGGCCCCGGCUGCAGGCGUCGGUGGCUUCCCGAAGGGGCGCGGCCAGUCGCCGCCGCCUGCCCGGCCCGGGGCUUCUCCCCGCCGCGGCUCGCUUGGCAUCGCCGGGGGCGACUCGGUCUGCCGCUUCGCCGGAGUUCCCGGCCCCCAAAGCGGGGAGGGCGCCCGGCCCUCGAGGGCAGCAGGGGCGGGCUGGGCUCCGCGCUGCCCUGCCCAGUCCAGGAGCGCGGCGGCGGCGGCGGCGGCGGCAGCCUCCUGCGUGGGCGCGCCGGCCGGAGCCUCCGGCCGAGCCCCGACGUGCGCGCCUGCCCGCCUGCCGCUCCCCCGGGGCCCGAGGCGAUGGAGGCGACGCCGGCGGCGGCCAACGGCUCGUUCAACGGCUCGGACGGCGCCAACCCCUUCGUGCAGCCGGCGUGGCAGGUGGCGCUGUGGGCCGCGGCGUACGCGCUGGUGGUGCUGGUGUCGGUGGCGGGCAACCUGGUGGUGAUGUGGAUCAUCCUGGCCCACAAGCGGAUGCGCACCGUCACCAACUAUUUCCUGGUCAACCUGGCCGCCUCCGAAGCCUCCAUGGCCUCCUUCAACACGCUGGUCAACUUCACCUACGCCGUGCACAACGUCUGGUACUACGGCCUCUUCUACUGCCGCUUCCAGAACUUCUUCCCGGUGGCCUCGCUCUUCGCCAGCAUCUACUCCAUGACGGCCAUCGCCGUGGACCGAUACAUGGCCAUUAUCCGUCCACUGCAACCGAGGCUAUCAGCUACAGCCACCAAAGUUGUCAUCUGUGUCAUCUGGUUACUGGCUUUAUUAUUAUCAUUCCCACAAGGCUACUACGCAACGACAGAAAAUCAGCCCGGCCGCGUGGUCUGCCUAGUGAAAUGGCCAGAAAACACAACCCAGUCCUAUGAAAUAACGUACCACUUGUCCGUGAUGGUGCUCAGCUACGCCUUGCCGCUGCUCGUAAUAGGCUAUGCCUAUACAAUGGUUGGCAUUACACUGUGGGCUAGUGAGAUUCCGGGGGACUCGUCAGACCGCUACCAUGAACAGGUGUCUGCCAAGCGCAAGGUUGUCAAGAUGAUGAUAAUUGUGGUGUGCACCUUUGCAAUCUGCUGGCUGCCUUUCCAUAUCUACUUCCUCCUACAUCAUUUUAACCCAGAUUGGUAUGGGGAAAAGUACAUCCAACAGGUCUACUUAGCUAUCUUGUGGCUGGCCAUGAGCUCCACCAUGUACAACCCAAUUAUUUACUGCUGUCUCAAUGACAGGUUCCGGAUUGGCUUCAAGCACGCUUUCCGGUGGUGCCCUUUCAUCAGUGCCAGUGAAUACGAAGGGCUGGAAAUGAAGUCAACGCGGUACUUCCAGACCCAGAGCAGCAUGUACAAGGUCAGCCGUAUGGAGACCACGGUCUCUUCUGUUGUUGGCAACCCAGAGGAAGACCUGGACGACAGCAGCAAAGCAAAGCGCCUCUCUGUGGACCUGACCUCCAACGGCUCCUCCCGCAGUGACUCCAAAACCGUGUCGGAGAGUUUGAGCUUCUAUUCCAAUACACUUUCCUGAGCGACCUGUCCAUCCACAUGACGCAUCUCAGUCAAAAGCGUGACUCAGUUCCCAUCUCCCAAACAAAGACACUGUUCUUUCUUUGUAACAGUGGACAAACUCCUUCUGACUUUGAUCAUGAAUGGAGCUGGCCUUCUUUUGUGGCAUGUGCCCAUGUUGUCCUGUCAGGCAUUCAACUGAUCAUCUUUCGCAAGUGGAUUUUCAGGGUUGGAUCCUGAAUUGUGCACAGUAAUAGGUGCGUUUGUGUGGGGCUCUUCCUUAACCUCCAGCCCCAAACCUUGCCCCAUUCUU